GCACAGCCCUUUGAAAUUCUCAAAUUACUUCCCAUUUACCCCCUAAAAGAUCCCUAAGUGACUUCAACUUGAUGACUUUAACGGCUCUUUAAUGAGGAAAUGGCAAUCUAGCCUGUGGCAGGGGGAGGGCUGAGCUGAAAGGGUUAAUUUAAAGCCCCCUCCUCCCUUUUGCAACCAGUUUCCAGAUCUUGGACUCAAUUCCAUUGAGCCUCACACUCUCCUCUGAGUCCUGCACUCCUCACCUAUUUAACUCCAUUGGAAGUGGGCUUUGGACUCAGUGUCACCUUGCUGAGUAGUGAGCUGGGUUACCAACCUCUCUAACUUUGGAGAGGUCCAUCAUCUGGCCACAAUUUGGGUUAUUCUUGCAUCCUCCAACUUCUAGAGGAGAACACUUUGCACUUGCACACAUCUUCCUAUCUCAGGAGUGAGUCUCCCAUUGUGCCUUCUUAUCUGGAUUUGAAUUGAUCUCUGACUCCAUACAGGUUUUUUGUUUUGAGAGUGAAUCUGGUUUGCUAACUCCAUCACCCUGCACCUGCCUUGUUCAUAGCACUAAUCAGUGGAUUCCUGGACCUUGUACUGGGCGCACAGUACCAGAAGGGACCAAAGGGCUUACUGCUGGACCAAUAGUGGCACAUUUGGAGUAUUGGAGAGACUUGCACUCCCAGAGGGUGGCACUUGGUGCCCGGCAUGGCUGGAGGUAUAUGUGUGACAUUGCUACUUCUGCUCAGUGCCGUUCCCACUGGCAGCAGGAAAAGCUGGAGGAGGCGAGGGCAGCAGUUGGUACCCAGCAGCCGUGAGCGCAGCGAAGGUGGUGGUGAGAGCUUUCCGCUGGAUUUCACCGCCGUGGAGGGAAAUAUGGACAAUUUCAUGGCUCAGAUAAAGAGUUUGGCACAGUCUCUGUACCCCUGCUCAGCACAGCGUCUGGAUGAGGAAAUGAAAUUGCACCUCUUACAAAACCAGUCUGUGACGUGCAAUGAUGGGACCCCAGCAGGUUAUUACCUUAAGGAGUCAAAGGGCAGUCGGCGAUGGCUUGUCUUUCUGGAAGGGGGUUGGUACUGCAUCAGUCGAGAAAACUGUGACCUCCGAUACGACACUAUGAGAAGACUCAUGAGCUCAAAAGGAUGGCCUGCAACUAAGACCGCUUCAGGGAUUUUAUCAACUCAACCAGAGGAGAACCCGCAUUGGUGGAAUGCAAAUAUGGUAUUUAUUCCAUAUUGUUCCAGUGAUGUCUGGAGUGGAUCAUCUCCUAAGUCAGAGAAAAGUGACUAUGCUUUUAUGGGAUCGCUCAUUAUACAGGAAGUGAUAAAGGAACUCCUGGGGAAAGGGCUGGACACUGCAAAGGUGCUACUCCUGGCAGGAAGCAGUGCUGGUGGAACUGGCGUUCUUCUAAACGUGGACCCGGUGGCCGAGCAGCUGGAGGAGUUGGGUUACUCGGGGAUCCAAGUUCGAGGUCUCUCUGAUUCUGGCUGGUUUCUAGAUAAUAAGCAGUACAGGAGAACAGAUUGUGCGGACAUUAUUACUUGCGCCCCAACAGAAGCCAUCCAGAGAGGAAUCAGAUAUUGGAAUGGAGCUGUCCCUGAAAGGUGCAAGCAACAGUUCAAAGAAGGGGAAGAAUGGAACUGCUUCUUUGGUUACAAGAUGUACCCAACUCUUAGAAGUCCAGUCUUUGUGGUCCAGUGGCUGUUUGAUGAAGCACAGCUGACUGUGGAUAAUGUUCAUCUGAGUGGACAACCUGUGCAGGAGAGUCAGUGGCUCUAUAUCCAGAAUUUGGGUCGAGAGUUGAGGAACACUUUGAAAGAUGUUGGGGCAAGUUUCGCUCCUGCCUGUCUGUCCCACGAAAUAAUCACCCGCAGCCACUGGACUGAGGUACAGGUUCGCGGUACAUCUCUGCCUCGGGCGCUGCAUUGCUGGGACCGCAGUCUGCAGGAAAACAACAAAAACAGCAAGACGCCACUAAAAGGCUGCCCCUUCCAUCUGAUGGACAGCUGCCCCUGGCCGCAGUGUAACCCCACAUGCCCUUCCAUCAGAGACCAUUUUACAGGGCAGGAAAUGAGCGUGGUACAAUUCCUCAUGCACCUUGGCUUUGAUGUGCAGAAAAUGGCAAGCCAGCAGGGCAUGGAGCCUGGCAAACUGCUGGGGGCAUUGAGCAGCUAGGAACUGAGCCGGGCAAUGAUGGGGGACCCUUUAUUUUAUUUUUUUUGAGGCCUACUUUUAUUAUGGUUAUUCAAUAAUUGGGGAAAGUAUGUGGAUGAUGAGAGUAGGAGCCAUGGCAAUUUUAAAGGGAAUACAAUGUAAAAAAUAGGGUGGGCAGCUUGGGUAGAGUCACGUAAUGAAUCUACCUGACUCUUGC